CAAGUCCAGGCCGGGCCGCGCCAUUGCCUUUUAGGACGCGCCAGGACGCGAGUCGAAGAGGAGGACGGCGAUCAGGUAGAGAUACAGUGCUGUGGAAAGGAUGACGACCGCUGAAGGAGCGGUGGCGUUGGACGCGGCGUUGUACGAGGCGCUGGACAGUGUGUCCGCGGCCCUGCAAGCACUGCCGCCCAGCCUGGAGGAGUCGGAGUCCGGCAGCCGAAUGGCGGUGAAGCGGAUUUAUGGACGCGUGUCCAAGUUUGUUUCGCGUGUGGCGCGCGCCAUCAAGAACGGAAUCGGCCACUCACGGAGCACCCCGGCAGAAAGCCGAGAAUCAGGAACAUUGGGGGCCAGCGCAUGGGAGAACCUCCCAUCCUGCAGCGUUCGUCCGGAAACCAAAGCAGAUCUGAAUUUCGUGAUGGAUCGCCUGAACUGGGAGCUGCUACAGGAAGACAUGCUGGCGACUAGUCAGGGGAUCUCCGAAUUUCUCGAAGCCUACCCCGACCUGUUCGGCAGCCUGACCCCUAGAUGGGAACGGUUCUGCACCUCCCUCCAGUGCUUGAAGUGGCAGUCGUGAUGCGGUGAAGC